CGGGAGGCUUCUAAGUGGAAUGCGCCUCUGAUUUCAUGCUUCAGGAACUGGCCCCGACUGAAGAACCAAAAAAAAGAGAGAGAGGAAAAGCUUAGUUGACCUAAGAGUAUUAGAGGUGCAUUUGCUUGACAUUAACCAUUGAGCGGUGUCAGUGUCAUGUGGCUGCUUAGGGCAGGCUGACUGGUUACAAGCAGAGUGAGUUAUUCAGGGCAGAAAUCGCGUGUGGUUUCUCCUACCCUGCUGUGUUGUGUUUGCUUGGAUACUAGCAACUUAAAGGCUCUCUCUGCCGGUGACUGGCUGUGGAUUUAUGGAGGUGCCGGGGAGCAGCUUUGAGUAUUGCCACGCACAACAUUGUGCCCACUGAGGAAAGGUCUCUGCCGGUUCGCCUGCCCCUGGGUCCGUGCCCUCGGGUUUAACCAUUCAAAUCUCCCGUGCAUGGCUCUCGCAGCCAAGGGACUUCUGCUGGCUGCUGCCACAGCCUGAUCCGCUUCGGGCCCCCGUCGCUGCUCCCAAGUACUCCACCUAUCCAGAUGGGGUAACGUGACGGAGCGAAACGGCACGUGAGGAGGUUCCCAGAUGCAGAGGCCUUUCUAGAGAAGAGAGCAAGGAAACCGGACGGCACGGAAGGCAGGGAGGGCGGCGGCUCUGGAUUGCACACCCAAAGGAAACUGACACUACAAAGGGAGAUUAUUAUUUUUUAUUAUUAUUAUUUGGCUUCAAGCACAUGGCUUUUUGUGUGUGUUGGGGGAUCUAACACACUCCCAAGAGCUGGGAAUAUUUGCACAACAUUUGUGUUGGGGGUUUUUUAAACUACUUCCCCCCCCCCCCCCCAAAAAAAAACCUCCAGGUUUUGUUUUUUUACUUCUCGUCCUUCUUUCUUUAUUUCCCCCUGCCACCCUCACUUCACCAUGGCCCGUAUGAAUCGGCCUGCGCCUGUGGAGGUGUGCUACAAAAACAUGCGGUUCCUGAUUACCCACAACCCCACCAAUGCCACGCUCAGCACCUUCAUAGAGGAUCUGAAGAAGUACGGCGCGACAACGGUAGUGCGGGUCUGCGAAGUGACCUACGACAAGACUCCCCUGGAGAAGGACGGCAUCACAGUAAUGGACUGGCCCUUUGAUGACGGCGCUCCUCCUCCCAGCAAAAUAGUGGAAGACUGGCUCAACUUGCUGAAAACAAAAUUCUGCGAAGACCCUGGGUGCUGCGUGGCUGUUCAUUGUGUGGCUGGCCUGGGCCGCGCUCCUGUUCUCGUAGCCCUGGCUCUCAUUGAGAGCGGGAUGAAGUAUGAAGACGCCAUUCAAUUCAUCAGACAGAAGCGGAGAGGAGCCAUCAACAGCAAGCAGCUAAUGUACUUGGAAAAAUACCGGCCAAAGCAGAGACUCCGAUUCAAGGACCCUCACAACCACAAGAACAAAUGCUGCAUCAUGUAACCUCAGCAACCUCUUGCCAAAACACACGCACAGACACACACACGGGGGCACGCAGGGUCGGACGGUGGAGUUGCGGGGAGCUUGGACAAAGUGGCACUGACCUUUCCUUGUAAAUGGGGCACUCUCUCAUUAAAGAAUCGCUGCACCCCUGACCAGCUAAGGCCGAGGAGGGAAGAUGGUUAGGCAUCUCACUCCUGGUUUUAAUGGACAAAGAAUUAACCCAUCACUCCCAACCCCCCCAAAAAUCUCCCUUCUGCCUCCUCACCCUUUCCCCAGCUGCAGGUAGAGCUUGAGUUGAUCUGAAUUCUUUGCACUGAACCCAACUGCAGGAAGAGAUCUGUCCAGGCUGUGCUGCCCUGGGGAUGGGUUGUGGGAGGGGAAGAUGCAGAGAAUUUGCCUGCUGCCUGGCGUGUGACAGCCACAGUCUGGCGCUGUAUCAAAUACGUGUUGGGCCAGUCCCUUCCACUGUUUGCGCUGGAUUGGGGGUUAGGAUGUGCUCUGAGGUUGGGUUUCCCCACUGGUCACGGACAUUCUUCCUCCUCCCUUCUCUCUGUGCUGCUCUUCAUUAGGGCAGCAAUGUUACAUGUCCCAGUGGGGCACAUAGGAUCAAGGGCAAGGGGCUUGUUUUAGUUCCCUAAAGGGCUUCAGUAGAGUUGGCUCCAGUCAGUCACUCGGGGCAGGGUGUUGUCGAGGGAGGAGACGGCGCUGUACAUACACUGCUCCCUGACUGAAUUCCAGCCCUGCACCGAACAUCCCCCGUGUGUCCCGCGGGAACGUCCCUCUCCAACAGAGAACUCGGUUCAUUCGGAUUUCAAGGGCUUUCUUCCCCCUCCCAGCUACCUCUCUCCUUUGCCUGAAAAGAACCUGGCCCUAGAGUUCCUUUUCUCCUUCUGAAAUCAAAUGGUCUUUUGGGGGAGUGGGUUGUACACUGGGGCGAAGGGAGGUGGGAAUGGAAGGGGAGCGCAUUGCUAGGGCCAGUAUAGGGUCUUCUAGCUGGGAGGAAAGGGGCUUAGGUGUGGACGCUAGCCAGGUGUUAGAUAGAUGCAUCCCAGAGCAUAUUCACAACCUCCAAAUAGAGACUCGGGGACUGGGUUGGUGCUGGGGCUGCCAGGGAGGGAGAAGGGGCAGCCGGACAAUUUGAUGUCACAGAGGCGAAGCGUGCGAGGGAAUUGGGAGU